AUGUUGCCCUCCACAGGUGUCCUGGCUGCCAACAAGAUCAUGGCAAGCUCCCCGGACAUGGACUUGGCCACGGUUUCUGCGCUCAGGCCGCCCUGUGCGUUAAGACCCCUGGGGAAGCGGCUGGACACUGCACACGGGCCCCGACUUCAGGGUGGGGCUGAAGCGCGGCUCACAGCGCCGGAGCAGGGGCUUCAGGAAUGGUGCAGCCCGCGCCUGCAUCCCCUGCAGAAGCUGGGGGUGCAGCUGACUCCGCACAACUUGGAGACGGUGAAGCACAGUGACCUGUUGUUCCUGGCCGUGAAGCCGCACAUCGUCCCCUUCAUCUUGGACGAGGUGGGCGCCUGCAUCCAGCCGCGCCACCUCGUGGUGUCCUGCGCCGCGGGCGUCACCAUCAGCUCCAUAGAGAAGAAACUCCUGGCCUUCCAGCCAGCCCCCAGAGUCCUGCGCUGCAUGACCAACACCCCGGUGGUGGUGCAGGAGGGGGCCACAGUGUUUGCCCGGGGCGCACACGCACAGCCCGAGGAUGGUGCCCUGUUGGAGCGGUUGCUGGGCAGCGUGGGCUUUUGCUCCGAGGUGGAGGAGGACCUCAUCGACGCCGUCACGGGGCUCAGUGGCAGUGGCCCGGCCUAUGCCUUCACAGCCCUGGAUGCGCUGGCUGAUGGGGGCGUGAAGAUGGGCCUGCCCCGACGCCUGGCUGUGCGCCUUGGGGCCCAGGCCCUGCUGGGGGCGGCCAAGAUGUUGCUGGAGUCGGAGCAGCACCCAGGCCGGCUGAAGGACAAUGUGUGCUCGCCCGGCGGUGCCAGCAUCCAUGCCCUACAUGUGCUGGAGAGUGGUGGCUUCCGCGCUCUGCUCAUGGACGCUGUGGGCGCCUCCUGUACCCGCACACGGGAGCUGCAGGUUAUGGCCGACCGCGAGGAGGUGCCGGCAGCUGCCAUCAAAAAGAGAGUGCUGGACAAGGUCAAGCUAAGCUCUGUUCCUGGGAUUCCCCCCACCACGGAGGACUGAGGGGACACCCUCCCUCAGACAGGAGGGUGCCUUCAACCAG